AUGUCUCAGCGCAGGGGACUCAGGAGGAGACCCAGCCCGCUGGGGGCUCCCGUGCGCAGCAUCCGGCCCUUCAAGUCUAGCGAGCAGUACCUGGAGGCCAUGAAGGAAGACCUGGCUGAGUGGCUGCAGGAGCUCUACGGGUUGAACAUUGACGCAGCCAACUUCCUGCAGGUGCUGGAGACAGGCCUGGUACUGUGCCGGCAUGCCAACACUGUCACCGAGGCUGCCCUGGCUUUCUUGGCAGAGGCACCUGCUAGGGCCCAAAGGAUUCCUAUGCCCAGGACUGGGGUUUCCUGCAAUGGGGCCGCCCGGCCAGGUAGCUUCCAGGCCAGGGACAAUGUGUCCAACUUCAUCCAGUGGUGUCGCAAGGAGAUGGGGAUUCAAGAGGUGCUGAUGUUCGAAACCGAGGACUUGGUGCUGCGCAAGAACGUGAAGAACGUGGUGCUGUGCCUGCUGGAGCUGGGCCGCCGCGCCUGGCGCUUCGGCGUCGCGGCGCCCACCCUGGUGCAGCUGGAGGAGGAGAUCGAGGAGGAGCUGCGGCAGGACCUGGCGCUGCCCCCGCCCGACCCCCCGCCGCCAGCGCCCCCCAGGCGCAGGCCCUCCCACUUCCGCAACCUGGACCAGAUGGUGCAGAGUCUUGUGAGCUGCUGCACAUGCCCAGUGCAGUUCUCCAUGGUCAAGGUAUCUGAGGGGAAGUACCGAGUGGGAGAUUCCAACACCCUCAUCUUCAUCCGGAUCCUACGGGACCAUGUGAUGGUGCGUGUGGGGGGCGGCUGGGACACGCUGGCCCAUUAUCUGGACAAACACGACCCCUGCCGGUGCACGUCCCUCUCGCACAAACCGGGCAGGUUCCAGAAACCCCAGACUGUACCAGUUCAGCAUGAAGUGAGAGUUGAGGAUGGGCCCUCGAAACCCCAGCCUGUGAUGACCGUCAGCCGCUCACAGAGCCCUCUACCUCCAGUGGACUGGAAGACGUACACUUCUUCAGCCAGGAGAUUCAGACUCUCUCCCAACUCCUCCCCCAGACCUCGUGGUGGACAGACAGCAGCAGGCCUGAGAGAGAUGGCACCAUCCUUAAGGUCCCAGGAAAGGCCGCUCAGACCAUCUCAGAGGCAGCCAUCAGGUGGGGGCAGCCUACCCAUUCCUCAGUCCUCACCAACCCACAGGGGCCCAAAUCCCCGGGGCGCCCUUGAAGGAAAGAAAGAGGAAAAAUACCCUGGUCAAUUUCCCAAAGGAAGGAUUCAUGAGGCGACGGAUGGCCUAGGAAUCCAUGCCAGGGCCCCUACUCCCCAGAGACUUCAAGCUCCUGAGGCCACCACCAAAGUGACAUCACAAACAGGACCAUCUCCUCUGCAUGGUUCCUCAAACCCAGCCAAGCCGCCAGGCCCCGGGCUGCCAGUCCGGGGUGCUUCCCCCCAGCUCAGGGAGCCAGCCUCUGCCCGUUCUCCAUCCCCUGUCAAAGGAUUCAGCAAGAUUCCAGUCCAGCUAUCCCCUGACAGCCCUGUCACCCCAGGAAGAAGCUGUCCAGGCAUUGCAAAUGGAGGUCUCAUGGCAGAAGUAGGGAGAAGCCCUAGCUCAUCAAAGACUGUCACUGGUGCCCUUGCUGGGUCCAGACAUGGAAACUGCUCUGUAGAAGUGAGGCAAGGGGACCAGCAGCCAGAUGUCCAGGUUGCUGCAGAGGCUGUGGAGCCCUGGGGCAUGGGCCCACAGGAGCGGGAGAGGCGGCAUGCCUCCCUGUCCCUUGGCAGGGCCGGGAAGCAAGCCAGCUACCACUGCCUGGAAGAAGAGCUUGUGGCUAACAUGGAGCUGCUGGAAGUAAGGGGUGCCUGUCCCCAGGACACAGACUUACCAGUCAUCCCUCGAAGUGGGGUAUAUGUCCCCAGCCUGAGUGGGCAGUGGCCAGCACCUGGUGGUCCUUAUGACAAAGUCAUCCAAGAACUAGCUCACAGCCCCCCAACGCUCCUUAAAGUGGACUUGGAAUCCUGGAAGAUCACCCCUUCAGGAUCCCAUAAGCCAGCUGUUGCUGUGCGCCAGAGAAGCACAAAAGGGAAGCUCGGAGGCAGAGAGAGAGAGCCAAAGAAAAGGGCGAGCCUGAGCAGGAAGGACACCAUGAUGAGCAAUGUCUCCCCUCCAGGAGGGCAGGGAUGUCCUACCCUUACUGUGUCUGCCAGCCAGGAGGCCCCUGGACCUUCACUCUCAGAGUCUCAUUCUGACAAAGCCAAGGCAUGCCUGGGCAAGGUCAAGAGAACACUCCGGAAGCCCCAGAGAGUCCCAUCCAUCUAUAAGCUGAAGCUGAGGCCUAGGAUGCAGCCCCGGAAAGACCACAGACCUGAGAAGCAGCCUUCACGAAUCCCCAAGCCGCUGGCCUAUCUCUACCUGGGUCCUGCAAGGGCUCCCCCCAGGAGCACACUGUUGAGAACCAGGCUGGGGAUCAAGGACAGGAGGGCACUCCAGGCAGACAGAGGUUAUGCAAGUGAAAAAAAGGAGGAAGAAAAGAAAAAGAAAGAGAGAGCCUGCCCAGUGGAGAGCAGCCCCCAGCCUUUGGAGGGCCAGGGCCCUCGGCAGCUUGCUCAAGCCUCACCUCCACCUGAGGAGGAAUCCUGGGUCUGA